AUUGUAAAUAUUUCUAUAUUUUUAGUAUAUGUAUGCUAGAGCAAUGUUUCCCUGUCAGGAUACGCCAUCUGUUAAAUCUAAAUAUUCCGCUAUGAUUUCAGCACCAAAAUGUUGCACAGUUAGAAUGUCUCUACAUCAGCAAAAGAUACUAAAAGUUUCUCACCAAUAUGUAUGUGAAUUUUCUCAAAAAGCACCAUUACCGUCUUAUGUGAUAGUUAUCGUUGUGGGCUUCUUACAAUGUCAAAAGUUUAAUAACAGAUGCAAUGUAUUAUUUGAAAUGAAGUAUGGUACUCAACAAGUUUUUAGAAUGGCGUCGAAUAUUAAGAAGUUGAUGCAUGUUGCCGAAAGUAUAUAUGGCGCCUUAUCCCGUAGGGGAAAUGAAACGAAGAGACUUCUACAGCAGAAAUUGUCGAACGACCUAUGGGACAAAAAGGUAAAUUAUAAAUCUUAA